UUUGACGUUUCUCUCGUUCUUCUGUUCUGAUGGUUACGAAAGAGUGCGAUCAAAACAAUCGACCGAAUCGUCGAGGUUCGCGUGAUUUUUCUUAAAAUUUAAUUUAAAAUUGCAGUAAAAUGUCGUUACUACUUUCUUUGCUGCGGGCUCCCCUUGCCCCCUCAAAAGCCUUCCUCGCGCACUCCCUGCACACCGCAGCCGGACCCAGCUGCUUCCGGUUCACACCGGCCCUGUUCGCAGAACCCCUCAAAAAGAAGCGCAAAAUCGACCCCCAGGUCCUGAAGCAGCGCGAAGACCGCAAGCGAAAACGCCUGGAAAAGCAAAUCCGCCGUCUGGAGAAAAACGCUCGCCAGCUCAAACCGGUCGAAGACCUGCAGGUUCCGAUCGAGCUGCUGGACCAGCAGGCCCAGCGCCGGCGGACACAGGGCGUCAAAGUCACGCCCGCGAUGCAGGACGAACGGGUGCUGCUGGAGAAGCAGUGGGCCAAGUUCAAGAUGCAGGAAAAGCUCGGCGACUAUCAGCUGAUUGACCGGGUUUUGGCCGCCCAGACGAAGGCCCUGAACGAGCUGCGGUUCGAGUCAGAGGCGCUGUACCAGGCCGCGAUUCAGCCGGAUUUGGCGCUGGUGCCGCUGAAGGCGGUCGGUCCGGUGGCGACGCCUCCGAUUCGGGGGUACGAAAUGCCGGACGGCGAGUACAUCGACAUUUCGAAGAAGUGGGAGUGAAUAAUGAUGAUAAUGUUGAAUGAAUGCUUGUAGAAAUUGUAAA